GUCUGAAAUUUGAAUCUUCAAAAAACCGGGGCGGUUUUUUCUGUCUUCACUUCUGUCAUUCAAUUAACAAAAAAAACUCCAAUUAACCGCAACAAUCCUCAAUUACAACACUCGUGACAUCACACUUCAUUGCAAAUCCACAGAUAAUUGAUUAACCAGAUGAAUUCGAGUGGAAAAUCUUCCCAGAUGAAGUCGAGAGCCAGAUGACUUUAAUUUCGAGAAUUGUCUUUUUGUCGUGGAUUUUCAGGUAAAAUGAGUAUCACCGGUGCUGAAUUGUCGUCGAGAAUACGACAAUUGUUGCCCAACAAUUCGUACAAAUUAACUCCAAAAUUGUUAAACGACACGUGUGAGAAUACAUCGGUGCAGCCUUUUCUCAGAUGGUUCUGCGAGCACGUGGGACAGGAGAAUGUUCUCCUGAGGGAAGAGGUCCAGUUGAGAAAACGUCUCCAGGAGACUGGAGCCUUCCUUUCAGGUGAGGAAUUGGAAAGAGAAUUGAUUGGAGCGAUUGGAGAAUGUCCCGAGCUCUUGAUGCUCGUUCAGAGGACAGGGGAUGGAGAUGUUGGCAAGGAGUACGAAGUCGAGAAAGAUGCAUACGACGCUGAUGUCAGGGACAUCGAAACUUUGGAGUUGAGCUUGAAAACACUCAAGGACUUGGAAAACCAAUUGGAGGAAGAAAUCGAGGCCGAAGAGGCUGAUCUCCAGAAAAUCCGCAUUCAAGAAUGCAAACUGUACGAAGAUUAUGCAGGACUCAUUGACGGUUUCGACUCGGCAUGUCGUGAGACCUACGAUAACGUCCAGACACUCGUGGGAGUUUACGGAAAUGCAGCCGAGAAGAAGGGACCUCCCAUCGUGUGGACUCAAGUGCCUCUGGAUUUAUUCAUAAAGCACACAGACACGUACAAUAAUUACUUGAGAUUUCAAGUCAGCAGGGAAUUAAAACAAAUGCAGAACGACGUGCUGUCGACAAGUACACAUGGACAAUUAGGCGAUGAAGACUCGUCCGAGCAGAUGCAGAAUGAUAGAGCAUACGAAUUAAUCACUUGCCAGAACAUAUUGAUAGCAUCGACACUAGAAGAAAUUGAAGCUAGACAAGUACUAACGGCCACCGAAGCUGUUGCAACCCAUGCCCUGGAUAUAUAUAAUCACGGAGAAGUUAAAUCCCCGGAAUCUGUCGCUCAAAUGAAGGUGGAAAUGGCAGAACUGAUAUCGCGACGGGAUAUCCUAGAGGAAACUAAUCUUCUGAUGGAGACUCGGUUGCAAGAGGCUGCCAAUUAUUACGGAAAAUUCGUUAUAACUAAAAUACUCCUUGAGAAUGGUCAGGCACGUCUGGAGCGCAGAAAAAAGCGGUUAUCGAGGAUGGAGAGGCUUCUGCAUUUUGCUCGAGAUAUGGGUCAUGCACAUUCUGAUUUAUUGGCGAUACUUAUGCAAGUGCAAUUGAGGAAACUCAAUGAAAUCGUUGAAUUCGUUAAUGACAUAAGAUAUCACAUCGCUGCUGAGUAUAUACAUGCCUCCAAAAGAUGUGAAUUCAUGGAAAAAGAGCAGGAAAAAUACAGUUCGAUAAUAACAGCACCGUCAUACAAACAGAAUAUUUUCAACGAGUUAUUUUCAUCGUUGCUUCUUGGAAAAGAAAAACCGACAGACGCAUUGGAUUUAUCGACAAAACAAUACGAUGAAUUGCUGAUAGAGAAUAGAAAAAUGAAAGGAGAAAUUUUGGGGGUGGAUUUAGACCGCAGAAUCGAUAUGCUAGGGCCCCUGGAAAAAGAUGUUAUGACUCUCUAUGAUCAUGAGACAUCGGAGGGGAUGACAAAGAGUUUCAAACUGAUGCCUUACAAAAUAGCCACUCAACUGGAGGAAGUGACGAGUAAUGUGGAAGCAGCUCAAACCGCUGUCAAUGAGACUAGGAAAAAAUACAAGGAUAUUGUGACAAAGACUGCAAAUGGCUCCUUGGAGCGUGAGAAAUCAAUUCUCUGGCAGAGAUUUCUAUCCGACCCGGAGACCCUGAAGGCUAAAUACGACGAGGCCCAACGAAUUGUCGAUCGUUCCCACUUCGUCAAUUCCCUGGACUCCUGAGUAUCGAUUUUCUACUUUUAUAAUCCCAAGUGUUCUCAAAUUAUAUCAUUAAACUAUCAAUAAAAACUACGAGAAUUUUUAAAUUAACAACAA